AUGGCUGGAUUCUUCUGGUCCUGGAUAGCAGUAGGAGCAGGAGCAAGAAAAGGGGCAAGAGGUCAGUCUUCCUUUGACUGGCAGCAGCUUCCCCCUCCGAGGCAUCUCCUUGGCACGACCUACGUCGUCGCCGCCCUCCCCUCCCUCCGCCGUGACUGCGCCCUCCUCGCCUGCGGAUCCCACCGCCGCGAGUGCAUCACCGCCCCCCGUCGCCGCGACACACCGUCGCUGCCCCCCCCCCCCCCCCUCCCCCUUUUUUCCGCCGCCGCGCCUUCUCUGGCGCCGCCUGCACAUCCCGCCGCGACGCCUCGUCGCCGCCUCCUCCUCCCCCUGCCGCGACCCCCCGUCGCCGUCUCCCUCCCGCCGCCGCGCCUACUUCGGCGUCGCCCGCGCAUCCCUCUGCCGCGACGCCUCGUCGUCGCCUGCCCCUCCCGCUGCCGCGACGUCGCGUCGCCGCCUCCCCCCACCGCCGCCGCGCCUUCCUCGGCGCCGCCUGCGCAUCCCGCCGCCGCGACGCCCCGUCGUCGCCUCCUGUCCCGCCGCCGCGACUUCGCGUCGCCGCCUGCACUCCCCAUCGCCGCGACCCCCCGUCGCCGCCUACGCAUCCCGCCGCCGCGACCCGCUCGUCGCCGCCUGCACGAUCCGCCGCCGCGACUUCGCGUCGCCGCCUGCACGACCCGCCGCCGCGACUUCGCGUCGCCGCCUGCACGACCCGCCGCCGCGACUUCGCGUCGCCGCCUGCGCAUCCCGCCGCCGCGACCUUCUCGUCGCCGCCUGCACCCCUUGCCGCCGCGACCUUCUCGUCGCCGCCUGCACCCCUUGCCGCCGCGACCUAAAGUCGCCGCCCGCGCGACCUCCUGCCGCGACCUGCUCGUCGCCGCCCGCACAUCCCGUCGCCGCGACCUAACAAUCGCCGCCCCCGCAUCCUACCGCCGCGACCUGCUCGUCGCCGCCCGCGCAUCCCGCCGCCGCGCCUUCCUCGUCGCCGCCCGCGCAUCCCACCGCCGCGCCUUCCCCGUCGCCGCCCGCGCAUCCCUCCGCCGCGCCCUCCUCGUCGCCGCUCGCUCAUUCCGCCGCCACGAUUCCCUCGUCGCCACCCGCGCAUCCCGCCGCCGCACGUUCCUCGUAGCAGCCGCCUCAUCCCGCAGCAACAGCUUCGCCCACAGCUACACCUGCGUUCUCCCUCCCCCCUCCCCCUUUCCUCCUCCUCUCCUCCCACGCAGCAGCAGCCGGGACAGCUCAGCAGCCACAGCAGCAACAGCGGCAGCAGCGGCAGCAUCAGGAGCAGCGACAGCAGCGGCAGCAGCUGCAUCCACCAUCUUCCUCCCCCUCCUCCCCUCCCCCCCCCCCUCCUCCCUCUCAGCAGCAGCAGCGGCAGCAGCGGCAGCAGCGGCAGCAGCGGCAGCAGCAGCAGCAACCGGAGAAGAACUCCACUCCCCGCAGCAGCACCCCCCCCCCUCCCCCCCCCCCCCCCCCCCCCCUCCUCCCUCUCGGCUACCGCGGGUCCACCCGCCGUCGCCCUCCCACUUGACCGCCGCGGGUCCACCCGCCGCCGUCCACCUCAAGGCCACCGCGGCGCUCCAAGAUGCCGCCGAUGCCGCAUUUCUCCACGAUCGCCGCGAAUACCUCAUUCGCAAGGCGGAGCAUGAGGUUGCGGUACAUAACCACGACUUCGCGGUAGCGGAACGCGCCAAUCGCCUGGCGCUCCUUGAUGAGUACAAUACGGCCAUGGCGGACUACCUCCCUCGGAGCAUCGCAUGGGCCACUGCUGACAACCGCGCCUGCACCAUCCUCCUCAGCGCACUCCCUGAUACCCUCAUGCGCCGUUUCCAAGCGAGAGAGAUGCGCGCCUCCCUCAUCUGGGCCGAGCUCCAGGCCAUGUUCGAGCGUCGCGACAUCAGCUCUGUCGGCGCCCUGUUCCAGGAGUACUUCUCCAUCACCCUCGCCACUUGUGAUGGCGCAGUUGACUACGUGGGGCGCAUGCAGGAGGUCGCUGAUCGCCUUGCGGUACGCCAAGCUGCCCUCCCCGAGCCCCUGCAAAUCCACCGCCUCCUCUACAACCUCACCCCGGACUACGAGUCCCGCCUCCAUGCCUUCACUGAGGCCAACCCCAUGGCCGGCCUCGACGACGUGGUCCAGUGGAUCAUUGACACGGAGGUCAAGCUCCGCACCCCCGUUGUCAACCUUACCACCCCUCAGUCCUCCUCCUCCACCUCCCUCAACGCUACGCAGCCGCGCAACCAGGGUGGUCGCAGCGGCGGCGGGGAGGCCGUGGAGCGGGUGGCGGUGGUGGUGGUGGAGGCCGUGGUGGUGGCGGUGGUGGUAGUGGUGGCCGUGGUGGCCGUGGUGGCGGUGGUGGUGGUGCUGGCAGCGCCCCUGCUGGAGGUGCUGUGA